ACUUGUCAUAAUUAAAUCAUUAUCAACGUCAUCAAGAAAAAAAAAUGUUUAGGCUGAGUGUAGGAAUAGCUGUUUCAAUAAAUUAAUUAUAUAUCCCAGUUUAAAACUAUAUACAGCGAAAAGUACGUGUAUAAAGUUUUAAGUACAUUAAAAAAACUUUAAUAUAAUCGUGCACUUUGUUUUUCAUUAUGUGUUCUGAUUUAGUGUGAAAAAAUUGGUGAAAAACUGUAACUAUUUUCUAGUUAAUACUUAGAAUGCAAUGCUCCCUCGUCGUCGUAACGUUGGUGUGUCUGACAGGACGAAUUUACUAUCACAAGAAGAACUAAUUCCGUAUAACAAAUUGAAUAAAAACGGAACUGUAUUUCAACAGUCACAUAUUUUUAAGUCGGAAGAAAAAAUACAAAGAAGUUUUGAAAGCGCUAUAACAUUCGAUUUUCUGGAGGAAGUUGUAUUUGAACCUGUAAUGGCAGCUAGAGACAGGACACAAGAGUUUGUAUCAACAGUCCGAAGUCUCCAAGGAAGAACCUUGGUUAGGCCAAUAGUUAAAGAUGAACGUAAAGCUACUGCACUCGCAACAUAUUCGCAAUUUAUGAGUAUGGCAAAAGUAAUUAGUAAAAACAUUACUAGUACAUAUGCAAAACUAGAAAAACUAGCAAUGUUGGCAAAAAAGAAAUCAUUAUUUGAUGAUCGGCCAAUGGAAAUAUAUGAACUUACAUAUAUCAUCAAAGGUGAUUUGAAUUCACUUAAUCAACAAAUUGCUAAGUUGGAUGAAAUGCCAAGAGGUCGCAAGAGUAUGUAUAAUCACUCAUCAAGUGUUGUGAUAGCUCUGCAGUCAAGACUUGCUUCAAUGAGUAAUCAGUUUAAGCAGGUUCUGGAAGUAAGAUCGGAAAAUCUAAAACAUCAAAAUAAUAGAAGAGAACAAUUUUCAAGUUCAGCACCACUUAUCAAAGAGACACCUUCAUUAUUACAACCAGAUGAAGUUAGUAUAGAUUUGGGAGAGACAUCAAGUUUACAGACCCAACAAUUAGCUUUGAGAGAUGAUUCAGAUUCAUAUGUGCAGCAAAGGGCUGAAACUAUGCACAACAUUGAGAGCACAAUUGUUGAAUUAGGUGGUAUUUUUCAACAGUUGGCUCACAUGGUCAAAGAACAAGAUGAGGCUAUUGGCAGAAUUGAUGCAAAUAUUCAUGAAGCUGAAAUGAAUGUAGAGGCAGGUCACAGAGAGAUAAUGAAAUACUUCCAAAAUAUAACAGGAAAUCGAGCACUUAUGUUUAAAAUCUUUGGGGUGUUAAUAUUUUUCUUUAUAUUUUUUGUUGUAUUUAUGGCAUAGAUUUUUUUUUUAUUUUCACUUAUGAUAUUAUGAUAUUUAUUGAAUAAAAAGAGUAUAUUUAUCUAAUCAUGGCCUAAAAAAAUUGGCAGAAUUUUUUUCCCAUUCCUAUAA